CACUUCUAUUUGCUUUUGAAAGUUUCCACAGUGGCUGUUUGAGAUUUCUGAGGAUUCCACAAGGGGGAAAGAAAUUUAAUCGACCAACAUGAUGUACUGCAAUCAGGAUUUAUUGAACUAUCUCAGCUUUGGCAUCGUCUUGGCAGGACUAUGGCAUCUGUAUCAUCAUAAGAAAAUCCAAACCUGCUAUGGGCGCCACAUGAGGCACACACUCCCCACCAGGUUGGUGCCAGCCCGCCUGGCCUGGUUCAUCCAGGAGUUACCGGCUAUUUUAAUUCCUCUACUUCUGAUGCUCACUUCGCACAAACCCUACAGUGUGGGAAAGAUGCUUCUACUUGGAACCUUUUGCCUGCACUAUUUUUACAGAACAUUCAUCUAUUCAUUUCUGGUCAGAGGACAACCGUACCCACUGAAUGUGAUGGUGGGAGCAAUUUUCUUUACCUCCAUCAACGGAUUCUUGCAGGGAUACUACCUGUUGCAUUGUGCUCAGCUGGACGAGUGGAAAACUGACUGUCGCCUCAAAAUCGGUUUAUUACUGUUUUACACUGGGAUGGCAAUCAAUAUGCACAGUGAUUAUUGUCUACGUAACUUGAGGAAAGGUGGGGAAGUGAUUUACAAGGUCCCUGAAGGAGGUCUCUUUGAGUAUGUAUCUGCUCCAAAUUACUUAGGAGAGAUUGUCGAGUGGUUUGGCUAUGCCAUGGCCACUUGGGGCUUUGCAUCACUCUCGUUUGCUGUAUUUACGACAUGCUUCAUUGGCCCAAGAGCAAUUUACCAUCACAGGUUUUACAACAAGCAUUUCAAGUCCUACUCCAAGUCUCGAAAGGCUCUGAUUCCAUUUUUACUUUGAAAAAAAACCCAACAACAUCCCAUUGUGAUCCAAGUCAAUGGAGAGAGGCCCGCAGAAUUGAAAGAAACUAUUAAUUUGAUACUUACGUUUUGUUUAUGUGCAAAAACACAUUAGCUGAAUAAGACCAUUUAGUUAGCAGUCAGGGCUUAGUACAUUUAUUGUAGUUCUUUAGAACAAUCUCUGAAAACACUUGAAAAUGUCCAAGCCACUCAGAAAAGUAAGUAGUAACAUA